UUCCAUUCAUCUUUUUUGCAUUCGUUAAUUAUCUCCAGAAAUCUUUCCAUUGCUUGAUCGAGUAGAUCUCAGGAGAGAGCUAUAGCUUUAAUUUCAACAUGGGUGUUCUUGGAGUUGUUGCUAAGCGUUUGGACGCCCUAGUGGGGCCAGGAAUCAUGCUUCUUUUCCCAUUAUAUGCAUCCUUGCGAGCUAUCGAAAGCCCUUCAACGCUUGAUGAUCAGCAAUGGCUAACGUAUUGGAUAAUAUAUUCGUUCACAACCCUAUUUGAGUUAUCCUGCUGGAGAAUACUAAUCUGGCUUCCUUUCUGGCCAUACGUAAAGCUCCUGUUUUGUAUGUGGUUGGUGUUGCCUAUUUUCAAUGGGGCUGCAUAUAUUUACGAGAAUCUGGUCCGGAAGUACGUGAAGAUCGGCGGCAAAGUGAACGGAAACUAUUCGGAGGAUCAAAGGAAGGUUCUCCAGAUGAUGAGCCUUGACGCCAGGAAAUCGGUUGUGCAAUAUGUUGAUAAAUAUGGAUGGGAUGCUUUUGACAGAGCUGUCAGAGCUGCUGAAAGAGAAGCCAAGAAGCACUGAUGAUAUGGGAAAAACUACUACACGGUGCAGCCGUGCAAUGGUUAUAGCAGAUGAGUGGAUCAAAAUAGAUUAUUCACCUACUAAUUUCUAGUUUCUCAUAAAUUCUGAAGGAAAUAUGUACAUGUAUACUUCAUGCAUAUGAUAAAAAUGCAACACAAAUGUAAAAAUGGGACGAUUAUUUAAUUUGUGUAUAUACUGAAGAAACGAUUAUUUUAUA